CACGUUCACUCUUCUCUCUCUCUCGUGGGCGCUCAGCACCUUGAAAUAUGAACGAUGAUGCCAUAACAACCGAGUUCAAGAACGCUGCCAGGUCUGUGGCGGCUCUGUAUAAGCUGUCGACGCUGAACAGUGCGGCGAUGAAGUCACAAGGGUACCUUGAGUGCCUUGAAGAUCUAUUGAUGGUGAUCAAAUCUAACGAAGACGUCCAGGAGUGGGCGCUGCGGAAGAAACUACAGCUGGAAUGUGCUACCGGCCUGCCGGCCAGUCACGAUACGGAUGUACGGGCACAGCAUGAUACUGCAAAGAGCGCAGAGUCCACCACAGCUGCUACUUCCUCAUCACUUGUGAUUCCAGAUGACUAUAGCUUCACCAUGGAGUCUUCGCCUGGUUGUCAUAAGUUCCCGCCCUCCAAUCCGAUACUGAGUGUAGAAAGACGGAAUUCUCGUGUAAAGAAAGACCACCGACGGUUGAAACAGGUCGAUAGUGACCUCAGUAGUGUUGAUGAGACUGCUGCCUUGGAAGACACCGAGUUGGGCUAUCAGCAAAGGGACGAGGAUUCACUAAAGAGAAAGGCAUUCAUGGAGAGCCAUGGCAAUAAGAAAACAAAGCAUUAGGACACUCUAUUUGAUCACGAACUGGUACCCCAAUAUCAACAUCUCUGGGAUACGCUACGAUACUUAAUCAGUCGCAUAUAUAAGUAGCUUUAUACUUGUACGAAUACACGAACUCCAUAACAUCAAACCAAAAU